AUGUCUGGGCCCAUGCCGGGGCCGCCCUGCCCGCUGCACUGGCCAGGCAUCUCGGUGUGCUCUGUGCAGGCAUCCUGCCGGAGGCCAGAGGCCAGCGCCCCCUCGCCGGGAGACAGGCAUCCCCAAGCUGGGCGCCCCGUGCCGGAGGGGAGGCUGCUGCUGGAGUCCCUCAGUGGCUUCGCCCUGGUCGUGAGUGCAGAAGGAAUGAUAUUUUAUGCGUCGGCGACCAUCCUGGACCACCUGGGCUUCCACCAGACCGACGUGCUGCACCAGAACGUCUACGACUACAUCCACGUGGACGACCGGCCGGACUUCCGCCGCCAGCUGCACUGGGGCACGAGGUGCGUGUCACACGUGUGCCCUGUGUAUGUGGUGUGUGGCGUGAGCGGGUGUGGCGUGAGUGGACACUGCGCACACAGGGCAGCCUUGAGAGGGGCCCUCGGUGCGGUGUGGGUGAGGCAGGGCUGGGGCACCCCGGCUCCGCGGCCCCGCCAGGCCCCUCUGCUGACCUCGGGGCCGCUGCUGGCUCUGCUUCCCCGCAGGGCGAGAGCCGGAGGUGCGGGUGUGCCGCCUGAAGCGCCCGGCAAGUCCGGCUGCUUCCCAGGCAGGGGCCUCGGAGCGGACGCACCGGUGCUCUGGCCGCAGGCGGACGCCGGACCCUGGGCCCGAGUCCCAGCCAGGAACCCCUGCCCCUGCCUCAGGGCAGGCCCGGAGCUCGUGCCCGCCCCCGACGUGGCCUCAGGGGACCGAGGAGGGGAGGAGGCCCAGACAGCGCCCAGCAGUUCCUGGGGCCCAAGGGGGCGCAGGGAGUCGCAGGCAUUCAGCGGCCCCUUCGACACACCGGGACCUGUGAAGCACCCAAACUGGACAGGAGGGAGACAGGGCCGGGGCGGGGCCCACCUGAAGCUGGAGCCAGGAAGGACGGCCCCCUUCCCCGUGCACACCGCCCCCCGCGGCCCCGGCACCCCCUACCCAGGCGUCCAGGGCGCGGCUCACACCAGCAACCUCGCCGCCUUCCCGAGUCCGCCUGGCCCUCACCCGCCAGGCCGGCCGCCCGCAGCCUGUGCGGGCCGGGCGAGCAGAGCCGGGCAGGGCAGCGGCCAGGGCCAGGGCCAGCCUCACGCUGGCUGCCCCUUCCCGCAGGGGGGCCUGCAGAACGGGCUCCCCGAGCCCAGGGGGCAGCGCCUCCCAGCAGGAGGCUGCCCCUCAGAGGCUUCGGAGCUGCGCCGCGUGCUGCUGCCCCCAAGGGGCCCCUGCGGCCCCCUGGUGCCCCUGCCCAUCAAGAUGGAGAGCGACUCGGGGUCUGAGGACACGGCUGACUGCUGCCCGGGGGCCCCCAGCCAGCUGUGGCUGGGGGCCGGCGACAUGGCCAAGAGGCAGCCGGGCUCCUUCCCGGUCAGGCUGCCCCUGAAGACAGAGCCCGAGUGCCGGCUGCCUCUGUGUGCCCCGUGCCCGGGGCAGGGCCUGCUGGAGGGGCCCCCGGGGUGCAGCCUCGAGCCUCUCCCGGGCCUCUGUGCACAGGCCCAGCAGCCACGCGCCCCGGGUUGUGGCUGCAGGGCCCCUGGGGCCGUGCCCAGCGUCAAACUUGAGCCUCUGGACGCCCAGGGCUGGGUGGCUCGCUGCCCGGGGGCGGUGCCCGGGGCCUUCCCCAAGAGCACCCUGGCCAGCCUGGUGCUGCCCCCCACCCCUGGGAGCACCUUCCUGCCCUAGGGGAGGCGCCCGGGCGCCCUC